AUGGACGACAAGGCAUUCACCAAGGAGCUGGACCAAUGGGUCGAGCAGCUGAACGAGUGUAAACAACUUAGCGAGAACCAGGUGUGGACACUGUGCGAAAAGGCUAAGGAAAUUUUAACAAAAGAAUCAAAUGUGCAGGAGGUCCGUUGUCCUGUUACCAUCUGUCAAGAUGUGCAUGGUCAAUUCCAUGAUCUUAUGGAACUCUUUAAAAUUGGUGGGAAAUCACCAGUGUGUCAUCCAGAACAUAUUACAAGAUUGAGAAGAAACCACGAAAGCCGACAAGUUACCCAAGUAUAUGGCUUUUAUGAUGAAUGUCUGCGAAAGUAUGGAAAUGCCGAUGUUUGGAAAUAUUUUACAGAUCUGUUUGAUUAUCUGCCACUUACAGCUUUAGUAGAUGGACAGAUAUUCUACCUCCAUGGUGGACUCUCCCCAUCCAUAGAUACACUGGAUCAUAUAAGAGCCCUGGAUCGUUUACAAGAAGUUCCACAUGCGGGCCCAAUGUGUGAUCUGUUAUGGUCAGAUCCAGAUGAUCAUGGUGGGUGGGGUACUUCACCACUCAGGGCUGGCUACACAUUUGGACAAGAUAUUUCUGAAACAUUUAACCAUGCCAAUGGUCUCACACUGGUUUCUUGUGCUCACCAACUUGUAACAGUAAUCUAUGUGUUUCUGUAA